AUGAUGAGAGCGAGAUUGGUGGUGUUCCUGAUCAAAGGGAGAAACUGGUGCUUCAGCAGAUCCACCGAACAUUCCGCCGCACAGUCUUCGUCCAGUGAUACUCCGACCACUGUACGGAGUCUCUGGAAGAAAAUCUCCUACGAAUCCAGGAAGCCCAUCAACGCCAAUGCCGAGCUCGUCGUCGAUUUCAUCUCUGACAAGAUGAAUAGGGCAUGGAUGGGUCUGGAGAAGGCACCAGAAGGGUCAAUGAAGAACAAGCUUCACGGGUUUGUCUCCAUACUUUGUUCUUUGAGGCAUUUGUUCUCAUUUGAGGUCCAUGGUUGUGAAGCGAAAUCGAUCAUCGUUCACGUGUUUGCUGUUGCGAGUCUCCUUCUCUUUGCGAAAACGAUCGCCCUCGGUCUGUCCUUCUCCGCCUUGCGCCUCCUUCGUCAUUCGCCGGAGAUUCAGGUGUUGCCGCUUCCCAACAUUCCUUUCUUCUGGGUUUUGUUCCGUACUUAUUCUCACUGGAGAGCUCUUCAGGGAAGUGAGAAGCUACUUCAGAUCAUCUCAACUCAAAGUAAGGAGGAGAGUAACGACAUCAAUCAGAUUCAGGAACAAGAAUCUCAAUCUUCCACCACAUUGCCUUUGAGUGUUGACCAUGAAAGAUCUGCUUUUUCCGUUGUCAAGUUCCACCGCUCCAUGCGAGACAUUCCAAACCGGUUUAUGAUUGGAAGUGUGGAGUUCAUCAACAUUGAUUCACAAGUGGUUGAUGGGAAUCCACAAAAGGUUUUGGCAUCUGAAGCUUGGAAUUUUGUGAAAAACGUCUCUGUCGAUGCAAAUUCACAUCCUAGAGUCUUGUUAACCCAUAUCCCGUUAUAUCGGCCUGACCAAACCUAUUGUGGCCCUCGUCGUGGUUCUUCUGUCAUCAAUCAGCGGAUUUGGCGCCAUUCUCAAGAUCAAGAAGUAAUGUACCAGAAUUACAUCACUGAUGAAUCAUCAAAAAAGUUGCUAAGCUUAAUCAAACCUAUACUUGUUUUGUCUGGCCAUGACCACGACCAGUGUACUGUUACCCACAAGUCGGAAACAGGGUCUAUAACCGAGCAUACUUUAGGUACUGUAAGUUGGCAGCAAGGAAAUUCUUAUCCUUCUUUCAUGCUGUUAUCUGUUCAAAACACACUGUCUCGAAACACAUCUGAUCUAGAAAACAUCGUAAGCACUCAGUUGUGCUUUCUUCCGUGGCAGAUAUUCAUCUACAUAUGGUACCUUUCUCUGUUCAUGUUCACCAUUCUUGCUCUCCUCCUCUGGCCAAAACAUGGGGUAAGCUUCUUGAGCGAUGCAGCAGAGUGCAUCGUGAAUGUGAUGAGAUCAAUCUUUAUAAGCGGUGGAACGAAAGAGAAGAACGAAGAUGAGAACUGUGAGUAUGAGAUGAUGUGGGAUGCAGAAGGAUCCAUGCAUCUCGUGAAAAAAGUUCGGGAAACUCCCGUUAAACGUCAAAGUGAUAAACCCGUGAUAGAAAGGGGCAACGCGGUGAUGAGAUCAGCAGCAAGAAAGAACACCGAGGAGAUAGAAAUCGUGACGGAUCAAAGUGCAAACCCGGGUUCCGAUCCUCUGGUGAGAUCGGCAUCUCAAACGGGCAAAUCAAGAACGAAACUUGCGAUCCUGAGAGUGAUAAGGGCCAUCAAGAUGGUCACAGUCAUUGCAGCACUAAACGUGCCCAUUUACAUGAUGUUGCUGUUCAAGGACUGGAUCGAGCAGUAACACUGUGGUCUUGCCGAACCCAUGAACGUCAAAUCAAGAUUUCAUCCAAUACCCUUUAGGUUAUGGUUUCAGAAGAUUUUUCAGAUUUCUUUUGUAAAACCCAAUGAAAGACAGAUUGAAAAAGCAUGUCCAAGCUCUUCAGAGUGUAGAUGAGAACACUGCAGAGUUAUGUAUUGUCAAUCUUUCGUUCCAUUGUCUAUGAUCUUCAAACUAAUUAGAAUA